CCCCGUCGCCAACGCUCUUGGCCGGACACAACGGCGAGCGGGAUUGGCUUAGCUGGCUGAGGCGUAACACAGCCUGUCAGCCCAAUAGAUCAGGAAGCGAUUGGGCUUCUUCGUACUCUAAUAGCUUAGGCAAGGGAACCGGGCAAGCCGCCGGGAAGCUGGCCGACGCUACGCAGAUGACGUACGCGCGGGUUAACCCGCGUCUUCUCCUCCCUGUCUUUCCACCUGCUGCUCCCACGCACUUGGCGUAGCGCUGCCUUCUUUCUCUACGCACUUGGCGCAGCGAGAUGCUCUUUAUUGGCAAAAUCAGGGAAGAGAUGCGAUUCGCUCGCGACAGGAAACCCGACAACAGGGAUGCACCAUGUGCAGGGGGAGGGGGAGGAAGGGAAGGUGGAUUUUGGAGAAAGACGGGGGGGGGAAGGGAGAGGAGGAGGCAAAGCCGCUCAGGUGGCUCGGCCGUCUCUCCCUUAGCCCCAGCUCAGUCGCUGGCUCUCCGCCUUGCAUUGCGCGCAGAAGCGUCCAGGUAAAGGGGGUGCACGGAAGGCUCUUGGUGCAAUGCCGCAGGCUCAUUGCAAGGCGCAGAUUGUACCAUUUCCUCGGGCUCCCCUCCUCAUGCACUGCGGCGAAGGCUGCCCCUUUGCACGGCAAUAGCGGCCAGAUAAUAACAAGAUUAGGACAGCCGGGCAACCCCUGCAUGCCUGACCCGCCUUGUCCAAAAAGGCAAGCGGACGCCACCACCCCACCAUGUCGGUUGCCUUUGCUUCUGCACGCCCGAGAGGCAAAGGAGAGGUCACCCAGCAAACUAUCCAAAAGAUGUUGGAUGAAAAUCACCAUCUGAUACAGUGCAUUAUGGACUAUCAGAGCAAGGGCAAAACAGCAGAAUGUACUCAAUACCAACAAAUCUUACACAGAAAUCUGGUUUACUUGGCCACCAUAGCAGACUCUAAUCAGAAUAUGCAGUCCUUGCUGCCUGCUCCACCAACACAAAACAUGAACCUCGGCCCAGCUGGAAUGAGUCAGAGUGCCUCCAGUCAGUCUCUCCAUUCACAAAGCAACCUCAGUGAUGCCAUCAGCACGGGGCUUCCAGCAUCCUCUCUCAUGCAGAGCCAGAUUACCAAUGGUCCCAACCAUGUGUCUAUGCAGCAGUCGGGCCAGAACACCCUUCCCACGACCUCCUUGAGCAUGAGUCUCAGCAGCCAUGGAACUGGGCCCAGUUAUAGUCACACAGUGCCUGCGUCUCAGACCGUUGCCCUGCAAGGCCAGGGAUCAAUCGGCAACUACGUCUCGCGAGCCAAUCUCAGCAUGCAGUCCAACCCAGUUUCCAUGAUUCACCAGCAAGCAGCAACAUCACAUUACAACUCUGCACAACCAGGAACUCAACAUUACCAAGGGCAGUCUUCCAUUGCCAUGAUGAGCCAGAGUAAUCAAGGAAACAGCCUCAUGGGGCAGAGGCCAAUGGGCUCUUAUAGAGCUUCACAGCAAGGUUCUUCUCAGCAGUACAUGGGUCAGGAGGAAUAUUAUAGUGAGCAAUACAGUCAUGGACAAGGAUCUUCGGAAUCCAUGAACCAGCAAUAUUAUCCUGACGGCCACGGUGAUUAUGCGUAUCAGCAGUCGUCUUAUUCUGAGCAAAGCUAUGAUCGAUCAUUUGAGGACUCCACACAGCACUAUUACGAAGGAGGGAAUUCCCAAUACAGCCAACAGCAAGCCGGAUACCAACAAGGAGCUGCCCAGCAGCAAACGUAUUCCCAGCAGCAAUACUCAAAUCAACAAACUUAUCCAGGACAACAGCAAGGAUACGGACCUGCCCAAGGAACUUCGUCACAAUAUUCUAGUUACCAACAAGGACAGGGCCAACAGUACGGAAGCUACAGAGCUUCACAAACUGGACCAUCUGCACAGCAACAGAGGUCUUAUGGCUAUGAACAGGGCCAGUAUGGAAACUAUCAGCAAUAAAAUGACAAGCGCCUGUGUCACCUUUGUUUUCAAUAUUUAUGUCCAUUUUUUUGGAACUUGGAUGUAUGGGCAAGUCUUUUUUUUUUAAUGAUUGAUGAUGGAUCGUAAGAUGUUGGAUACCGCUGUAGCACAGAGAAGCGUUUGUAUGUGAAAUAGUAUUCAUUUCAUGCUGGAUAUGAAACAGUGCAUUACAGUACUGGCAACGAGGCAAUGUUUGGAUGGUCUGGUACAUUUUGGUGCUGCUGUUAAUAAUCCUUGCAGAAGUUCUUCCAUCACUUUUUGCCACCUCCUCUUUUGAGGUAUAAAGUUGGAGAAACCAAGAGGUCACAUAGCAUUUUUUUUAUCUGCUUAUUAUUUUUUUUCACAAUAUCAUUGGCAGCCUAGCCUCCUUCGGAUCCGAUGGACCACUACCCAGCGGGAAGUUCUUUAUGGGCUGUAUGACAAGCAUAUAACUGAAUAUAUCUUUCAUUUUCUGUUCACCCAACUGGUUUGGCAUUGGGAUAUCCCAACCCAGAUGUGUUUCAGCUAUUCCCAGGGGCACUUCCUUUGAAAUAGGUUGCUCUUCGUUAGAUUCGAAUUGGGCUCAGUGUAUUCUAAAAUCUACUUAAUUGAGCUAGGAUGGAAAUCACAGCUACUGGGAUGUAGCGAUAUAUAUUUGAGAUUGGGACAGUAAUUUUGUAUAUGACUCAUUCAUCUUCAAUUUGUUAGGACAUAGAACAGCGGUUCUCAACCUGUGGGUCGCGACCCCAUUUGGGAUCGAACGACCAUUUCACGGGGUCGCCAAACAACACAGUCCGCCAUUUUUUCCCUCUUUUCCUUAGCUGUGCUUCUCC